GUGACAAGAUGAUUAUAGGUUAUGAUAGCUAAAAUAUGUUCAAGUCAAGUUGAAAAAACUAAAUCUAGAAUACAUAUUUUACAUUUUAGGUGUUCCAGAUGUAGUUAUAACCAUUCUUAAAAUUAUCAUGGCAAAUAAUAUCAAGAAUAAUGCAAAAUAUACGAAGUACAAGCUUAUUUUAGGAAAUAACGUCACAUUAAAAAUGCCUGAUAUCCAGGCAAGUACUUCAAAACCUAUACACGUUCGUAGAGUGGAAAAGGCGUUGGAUUUAAACAAAUUUUUGAAUCAAUUUAAUAAUGAACAAUCAACUAGUGAUAGUGAAUCCAGUAAUGAUACAAAUAUCAAUGACAGUGAAGAAAUUCGCAAUCUUCUUAAAGAUGUGGAACCACAUUCCGCCAAAGAUUAUUAUAAUUUCAAAGAUGUUUCCCCAAGUAGAAAGUGGCUGGAAAAUGUUUUAUCAGAAAAUAUAGAUGGUUUUGUGGAGGAUGUACCAUACAAAUAUGUAAUUAAGAUGCACGCUUUUCAAAAGAGAACUCGAAGAAAUAAUGUAAAAUUUGACCACUCUAUGUUUUAUGGAGCAGGUUUAAUUAGUGCUGUAGAUCAUUAUCCAGAUAUUGAGAAGAACUUACCAGUAUCAGGGAGAGUCAAAGUACAAGGGGUGAAAGAAGAAGUCACUUCAAAAUCCCCAUUAUAUGAUCCUGAUAUAUUGGACGAUAUAUCUGAUGAACCAUGCUUAGACCUAAAUCUUGAAAAUGGAAUUAAUGAAUAUCCAAAUUUGGAUGGCGAUAUUGAUGAAAACAAUAUUAGUACUGAGUAUAGCAAUUCAGCAAAUAUAUUAAUGCAGGUAAUUCCAAAACCACCUCCUUUAAAUUUACUAAAUAAUUGCAUUACAAAACGGAGAUCUAAAAAAUUUCGGGACGAAGAUUCGAAGAAAAAAUGGGAAGACAUGAUGACUAUAAAGAGAAGAAAAUUGUUUAUAAAUAUUGUUAAAAAGGAAAUUGGUAAGCAGCAUCGAGCCAAGAGCAACAAGCACAAGGAAAUGUUACUGCAGUGUAAGAGAGUUGCUUCUCAUUGUGUUAAGUAUGCCAGACAAAAAGCGUUGCAAUCUGCUCGAAUUGUUAAAGAGCAGCAGUGGCGAAUGAAGAGGCUUGCAAGAGAGAAUAUAGCGUAUUGGAAACGAUCCAGAAGAUUUGAUAGGGAAGUGAAAAAACGAUUGGAAAAAGAGGCAGAAGAACAACGAAAAAUUGAUCAUGAAUUAAUAGAAGCUAAAAGGCAGCAGAGGAAAUUAAAUUUUCUUAUUACUCAAACUGAACUUUAUGCUCACUUUAUGUCAAGAAAGCUAGGAACAGUUUCUGCAGAAGAACAGCUAAGAAUCUUAAGUCAGCUAGAUGAGGAAAAAUCAGUUAAAAUUGCUGGCGAUGACUACAACAGUGAGGCUAUGAAAGAAAAAGCUAAAAAGAAUGCCCAGGACGCGUUUAAAAGUGAAAAAGCAAGAACAAAGAAUUUCGACCAGCAAGCAAAUUCCUGCUUAACAGAAGUCGAGCCUAUAGAUGGAGAACAGCCUCAACCAGAAAUGUUUCAUGGUAAAUUGAAGGGUUAUCAGUUAAAAGGCAUGAACUGGCUAGCAAAUUUAUAUUCACAAGGUAUUAGCGGAAUAUUGGCAGAUGAAAUGGGUUUGGGAAAAACCGUUCAAAGUAUUGCUUUUCUCUGUCAUAUAGCUGAAAAAUAUUCUGUUUGGGGUCCCUUUCUGAUUAUCUCCCCAGCAUCUACAUUACAUAACUGGCAGCAAGAAAUAGCGAAAUUCGUUCCAUGUUUUAAGGUCGUCCCUUAUUGGGGAAACCCCAAUGAGAGAAAAAUUCUCAGACAAUUUUGGGAUCAAAAGGAUAUUUAUACUAAAGAUGCCAGUUUUCAUAUUGUAAUUACUUCUUAUCAGAUAGUCAUUACAGAUAUUAAAUAUUUUAAUAGGAUAAAGUGGCAGUAUAUGAUUUUGGAUGAAGCACAGGCCAUUAAAAGUACAAGUUCCAUGAGGUGGAAGACUUUGUUGGGAUUCAGCUGCAGAAAUAGGCUAUUGCUUAGCGGUACACCUAUACAGAAUAGCAUGGCGGAGUUGUGGGCCUUGUUGCAUUUUAUUAUGCCAACUUUAUUUGACUCCCAUGAUGAAUUCAACGAAUGGUUUUCCAAGGAUAUCGAAAGCCACGCAGAAAAUAAAACGGGAAUUGAUGAAAAGCACUUAUCAAGACUGCACAUGAUUUUGAAACCUUUCAUGUUGAGAAGGAUAAAAAAAGAUGUGGAGAACGAAUUGUCCGAUAAAAUCGAAAUUAUGGUAUAUUGCCCUUUGACCACCAGACAAAACCUACUAUACAUGGCUUUAAAGCAAAAAAUUAAAAUAGAAGACUUAUUGCAUUACUCGGUAGGAGGUGGGGAUUCUCACACUGUGGAUAAGAAUUUUACGUCUAAUUUGAUGAACCUUGUGAUGCAGUUUAGAAAAGUUUGCAAUCACCCUGAAUUAUUUGAAAGACGAGACGCAAAGUCGCCCAUAAGAAUACAGCCUAUAGUUUAUAGCAUUCCAUAUUUGAUAUACGAUUUGAAUAUUAGAAGAGAGAUGAGUAUAAAAACUAAUAAAUAUUUACUGUUCGCUCCGGAAUAUAUUAAAGAAAGGGCAGCGUCUCAGGGAAGCAUAUUCAAUUUUUUAGUUUCAUUAAGGCUUUGUCCGAUGGAACUUUCAAAUAUAUUUUUAGGUAAUAUUCUGGCAAGGUGGAAAAGCUACUUUGAUAUGGAAAAACGGUACCACAUUUUGUAUCAUAGAAAUGUAUGGCACCCCAAGCAAGACCUAAGAGCAUCCCUCAACAUCAGCCCUAGCUUCAAGUUAAGUAGACCUGAGAUAGAGUCCAGUAUAGUCUUGCCCAGUUUGGUAUUUCUGGGGUACAUUAGACAAUCUAAUGUAGUGUACACUCAUCAAGAUCACUAUUACCAUUAUAUGCCAGAGACCGUUGAACACAAAAACAUAAGAAUGAAACGAGAGUUAAGUGAUGAAGAAAAUAUAGAUGUGGUGAAUGACAAACCACCGAUAUUCGAAUUGCCCCAUAUAAAACGACCGGUGAGAGUAUUUCAUUGCCAAAGAACAGAAUUGCCAAGUUGUUUAUUUUUUGCUAUGCCAAAAAAUUUUUCCCCACCGAUUCAGCUUUAUUGUUACUCGCGAAGGGCUGCUUGGGAUUUACAUAGACAUAUUGACGACUAUAGUUUCACUUCGUUAAAUUAUUAUUGGGCAGAGUCCACUGGAAAUGUGUUCUUCCCUAACUCAGCGGAAAGUUUUUACCCUCUACCAUAUAGUUGUAUGGAUAACAUCUCACCAGUACACGGAUGGUCGAAUAUUGCUAUACCAGAUAAAGAAAGUUUAGUCACCGAUUCUGGUAAGUUAUCAGUGCUGGAUGGCUUGCUUAAGAAACUAAAGGAAGAAGGCCACAGGGUACUUAUUUACUCCCAAAUGACUAAAAUGAUCGACCUUUUGGAGGAGUACAUGUGGCAUAGACAUCACAAAUACAUGAGGCUAGACGGCUCCUCUAAGAUAUCCGAAAGACGAGACAUGGUGGCAGAUUUUCAAGCCAGGACUGACAUUUUCGUUUUCCUUCUCUCAACCAGGGCUGGGGGACUUGGUAUUAAUUUGACAGCUGCUGAUACGGUUAUAUUUUAUGACAGCGAUUGGAAUCCCACAGUGGAUCAACAAGCUAUGGACAGAGCCCAUCGUUUGGGCCAAACCAAGCAGGUAACUGUAUACCGAUUAAUUUGUAAAGGAUCGAUCGAAGAAAGAAUUUUGCAAAGGGCUCGAGAAAAGAGCGAGAUUCAAAAAUUGGUUAUUAGCGGAGGUAAUUUUAAGCCUGACACGCUUAAACCGAAAGAGGUUGUUUCCUUGCUCUUAGAUGACGAAGAGUUGGUUCAGAAAUACAACUUAAAAGUUGAAAAUAGAACUACUGACGAUAUUAAAGAAGACAAAAAGAGGAAGGUCGCAUUUAAAACGAUAUCGACGGCACCUGAUGCGAAACGGCAAAAGCUCGACGCGACAGUGGCGUCGACGACCGCCCAAUCCCUGCAAGAGGCGUCUGAAGAUCAGGCAAUUCAAGACAGCGUACCCAACAGUCCUGUCAGUAGCACUUCCAAUGACGUGUUAGGAGACGAAGCGACCGACUGCUACAAUGACGAUGCCGAUUCGCCAAUUACAAACAAAUAUACAGUGUAUAACGUCUACGGUUCUACGGUUAAACCGAGGGCGCAGACUCGUGGACAUUCUAAGCGUGGUAGACCUAGAGGAUCGCGUUCCAGAACUGCCGGCUUGGGAAGGAACUUCAACAAUGCUGCCACUACCGCAACAGCCAGCAACGCUUCGGCAUCCUUUAACACUAGCGCUCAACCAUUUCCAUUCAGCGAACCUUCGCCUCAAGAUUCGGCAUCGUCGUUGUCAUCGAACCAAUCAUCCCCGCGAGGUCCUAGUCCUGGACCUAACCAAGGGAGCAUUGGUUGCGGAUCGCGUAGAGGUCCGGGCAGACCAAGACUCAAACCUUCAGGUCCGUCCAAUUCUGGGUCUAGGGGUACAUAUCGGCCUCGUAAACCCGCUAGACCUUUGCCGGUACCUUUGCCAAGUGACCCGUCCUCUUCCCAAUCUUAUAGCACCUACUCGUUUUAUGAUUUCCCAGACGAUUGAGGUUGUAAUCUUAACAAACGACUUCCGUUGAUCUACCGAUAACCGAUAAUUGGUUGAGUCAAGGAUACGGAAUGGAAUCAAUCAAGCAAAGAGACGAGUUUGUACCUGACAAAUUUGGAUCGAACUUUUUUUAAUUCUUUUUUGGAAAAAUAUUUUACAAAUCCCCAGAAACAUAAAAAUGAUAUGCUUAAAAGCUUUGCCUAUUUAUUUUUCAUAUGGUUCCACUGACUAUUUAUAUUUUUUGCCCCAUUUUUUUCUAUUAAUAAAA